AUGACUUUGACCUUGAGGAGUCAGAGAACUGCAAAUAUGAUUCACUCACAGUGUUUGGAGACAUUGAUGGCAAGGAUGAAAUAGCUUUCGUUAACUGUUGGAUGUGUGUUCACGAGAGAGUGGCGUUCCAGCAGAUGACAUAGGACGAAGGCUUGAGGGUGAGUAAUUAAUGGGGUAUUUUUCCAUCCCUUUAAAGAUUUUGCACUGCGCCAUUAUGGGAAAUGUAGUCUUCAAGUGCUCUGCUCUUUCAAUUUUGUGUUUUGUGGUUGUAUGUGGCGUGAGCAUUCCUCCACCUGUUCUCAGCUAUGGUCGCAUAAUGCUUCUACAGUUUAGCACAGACAACACCAUCUCUGCCCGUGGUUUCAACGCCUCCUUUUUUUUUAUCAGCAAAAAAGAUCUCAGAGAGACUGCGUUUAAAGAUCAGGGGGAGGAAGCAGAUGAUGACAGCAGAGUUAUCUUUCAACAUUUACUGGCUGCUCCGUAUGGAAUGCCUGACAUCUUUGAUACCUCUGGACUGGACGCCCCAAGGACAACAGAGGAUGAUGGGAAACUGUCGUGGCACGUGAGCAUUAGUUUGGAAGCAGGUUAUGAAUGCAGUGGGGCGAUCCUCCAGUUGCAAUGGAUCCUUACUGAUGCACACUGUGUCUAUAACCUGGAAGAACGAUAUUUGAGACUUUUAUCAGUGACAGCAGGAGGCUCAAAGAAACAGAUCCGUGACGUGAUUAGUGUAUUUGUACACCCUCAUUACAGCCAAUUCUCUCUCGACUACAAUGUGGCUUUGCUUAAGCUGAGCUCUCCGUUAAAUCUCAGUGAAAGUACGCAGCCUGUCUAUCUACCCUCUGCUGGACAGGAAAUCCCACCCUCCCUCCAUUGCUGGGCUCCAGUGUGGACCAGCCAAAUGUGUACGUCACCCGUCUGCCUUCACAAGUUGACCGUUGUGAUGGUUACACAAUAGUCUGGCUGAUAUCUGUGUGUGUGUGCAAACAUGACAUUUCAUGACUACUUGUUGAAUAAAUUGAAAGCUGACCUAGUGUUGAACUGUGAGCUUCAGGUGAAUGUUAUGCACCCUUUUAAGCAGGACAUGGGCAGCGCAGACCUGUACGGCUAAAAAUAACAGUAGUGCAACGAGCGGUGUGUGAACAACGCCACAGAACUAGAUUGACACCUACAAUGCUAUGUGCUGGACUGAGCAGUGGAGAAUCA